AUGAGAACUUAUUUGAACUCUUUUGUUUCUUUGCUGUUGGCCAUUAGGUUGAACUGUCCCCGGGUUUCUCGAAGCCAGUGUUGUAAUGUUCGAUGGACUAUUGAAUGUGUUCCUCCACAUUGUGUAAAUUACGUCCUUAAAAACUGUCCAGAAAGGAAAAUGUUUUUGUUCAGAAGAACAAUGAGUCGCGAUCACGAAAUUCGACGUGCUCCACCACCGAAAUGUGGUACUGCAGAAACCAAGUAUGAGCCGUGUACCAGCAGGACAACAGCAGACAAAUUGUUCUUGGCUUGCUGUGAACUAUAUGUCCCACCAGAAUGUCAUUCUUUGUGUACAUACGAAACUAACCAAACUAGAAGUAGAGCAAUGCUAACUGACAUCAUUGAACGCAGCUCAUGCAAUCUAAAUUAUCUUUCCGGAAUUCUGUUUUGUGCUUCACAGAACCGUGAUAACCGGCAGUGUUGCUCUGAUUUGGAAAUAAACGCACCUCAGCUUCAGGUAGGAAGCAGAUGCCUAAGAAUGUGUGAUCCAUCUGGUACGGAAAUAGAACGAAUAACCCGUGAUGAUGCAACGUGUCUAUUUAAUUGGAACGUUAUCAUGUAUUGUCAUCACAGCGGGAUUAGAGAGAUGUAA